CUGCACAGAGGGGGCGGGGCAAGUGAAGCCAUUUUAUUAUUGUUAACAGAGAGGCGCAGGUGCAUCAGUACUUUUUGUUUUUAAAUAUAUAUAGGUGCAGUUUUUGUGCUGACGAUACAAUGGGGCAGUGUGGAAUUACGUCAUCCAAAACCGUCCUGGUUUUUCUCAAUCUCAUAUUUUGGGCAGCAGCAGGGAUUUUAUGCUACAUCGGAGCCUAUGUGUUCAUUACUUAUGACGACUACGACCACUUCUUUGAGGACGUGUACACACUGAUCCCUGCUGUCGUGAUCAUCGCUGUCGGGACUCUCCUCUUCCUCAUCGGCCUGAUCGGCUGCUGUGCUACGAUACGUGAAAGCUCCUGCGGUCUGGCCACUUUUGCUGCCAUUCUGCUGCUGGUGUUUGUAACCGAGUGUGUGGUGGUGGUGCUGGGCUACAUCUACAGGGCAAAGGUGGAAGAUGAGGUGAAUCACUCCAUCCAGAAGGUUUACAAUGAGUACAACGGCACCAACACAGACGCUCCCAGCCGCGCUAUCGACUACGUGCAGAGGCAGCUUCACUGCUGCGGCAUUCACAACUACUCUGACUGGAGGAACACUCGCUGGUUCAAAGAAUCCAAGAACAACAGCGUCCCAGUCAGCUGCUGCCAGCCCAACAUUAGCAACUGUACCGGGACUCUGACCCGACCAGCCGAUCUCUACCAAGAGGGCUGUGAAGCUCUGGUUGUGAAGAAGUUGAAGGAGAUCAUGAUGUACGUCAUUUGGGCUGCAUUAACCUUUGCGUCUAUACAGAUGCUGGGGAUGCUUUGCGCCUGUGUGGUUCUGUGCAGGAGGAGUCACGACCCGGCGUACGAGCUCCUGGUCACGACCAACAGCUACGCAUGAAGGACACCGAAGCCACACCGUGUCCACAGAGCGUCACCAGACAUCCACAGUAGAGUUCAGCUGUAGUCGUAUAAGCUCAAGCACACCUUGCAAAAUUCAUGACAACGAAGACGGGUGAAGUAGUACGGGUGGGGGGUGGGGGGAUUGUAAACCAGUAAUUUAUUGAUAUGUUUUUGAAGUUUACGUUACUUUAAAUGUUCUUAUUGUCAUCACAAACACUGACUUAGGUACGAAAGCCAAAGGCGUGAGAUCUUUGAUGUGAAGCAGUGGUGUUUUUGUGUAAAGCUGGUGGAGAGCAUCUGACAGAAUGUAUUUCCUUAUAGGAUGGUUUGCACUACACCUGGAGCGCUGGAUAAACGUCACCUGACCGAAGUCCAACUUAUACAUUGUUCCCAAAAAUCCAACGUUUUUAUUUUAACUGUCUGUAAAGAUACCCAGCGAUUAGCUCUUUGUGUGUGUGUGUGUGUGUGUGUGUGUGUGUGCGUGUGUGUGUGUAUGUGUCUUUUUAAAGCAGCUUUGCAGUUUGUCUCUUGAAGCCAUGAUUGCUUGAAAGAAUUGUUUAUAUUGGCAAAUAUUCAGGUUGUGAAUAAUGUACAGACCCUUCUCUUGGUGUGAUGUUAGGGUUGGUGUUUUCACUGUUUUCGUAGGAGCAUCAUCGUUACCUAAAGACUUGUGUCACAUACAUUAACUUCUGUUAGUUACCGUGUAAACCUACUGAUGAACUAUCAAUAUUAUCUUAUACUUUUUGUGACAUUGUACGUUGCUGAAAUAUUCCUGAGUUGUUACGUUGACCCCUCGAUAUUUAGCUAGUGUCACAAACAUAGACUGGAUGAGAAGCAGGAUUCAAAUAAACACGAUACAUUUCAA